CUAGAGAAUACCAAUCGCCAUCUUCACUUCCGUUGUGCGCUCUAAUCUGCCUGUCACACAAACCCUAGCUCCUCCACAAUGUCAGAGGCUCUGUACCUUCGCGGCACUAUGCGUGCCCACACCGACACGGUGACGGCGAUCGCCACUCCGAUUGACAACUCCGAUAUGAUUGUCAGUGCCUCCCGUGACAAGUCCAUCGUUGUCUGGAACCUCACUAAGGAGGAGAAGACCUAUGGUGUUCCCAAACGUCGUCUCACUGGCCACUCUCACUUUGUUCAGGACGUUGUUCUAUCGUCCGACGGUCAGUUCGCUCUGUCCGGUUCCUGGGACGGCGAGCUCCGUCUCUGGGAUCUUGCUACUGGAACCUCCGCCCGCAGAUUCGUUGGCCACACCAAAGAUGUCAUGUCUGUUGCUUUCUCUAUCGAUAACCGUCAGAUCGUUUCGGCAUCCCGGGACAAGACUAUCAAGCUAUGGAACACACUUGGUGAGUGCAAGUACACCAUUCAGGACGGAGAUGCUCACUCUGAGUGGGUCAGCUGUGUGAGGUUCAGUCCCAGUAUCCUCCAGCCUACUAUUGUAUCCGCCUCGUGGGACAGGACCGUGAAGGUCUGGAACCUCUCCAAUUGCAAGCUCAGGAACACAUUGAGUGGUCACUCUGGGUAUGUGAACACUGUGGCUGUGUCCCCUGAUGGAUCUCUGUGCGCUAGUGGAGGGAAAGAUAUGACUAUUCUUCUGUGGGAUUUGGCGGAAGGGAAAAGGCUGUACUCACUCGAUGCUGGUGCAGUGAUCAAUGCCCUCUGCUUCAGCCCCAAUAGGUACUGGCUCUGUGCCGCAACUGAGCAGAGCGUCAAGAUUUGGGAUCUGGAGAGCAAGAGUAUUGUUGAGGACUUGAAGGUCGAUUUCAAAACGGAAGCAGAAAAAUCUGAGGAUAACACCGUGACCUCCAAUAAGAAGGUAAUAUAUUGCACAAGCUUGAGCUGGAGUGCUGACGGAAGUACAUUGUUUAGUGGUUAUACUGAUGGUGUAAUUAGGGUUUGGGGUGUUGGGCGCUACUAGAAAUCCCCACGACAAAGGCACGAUCGUUGCCCACUUUGGCUGCCCAGUUUGGAUUCUCUCGCCUUGCAACCCCUCACAACACUUUACUUGGUUGCCCAAGUGAGUUGCUGAAAUCCAGUUCCUUUUCUUUACAAAAGUCCAGUCUCUUUAUUUUUCUGGCAGUUUGGAAACGUGUUUAAUUUUGAAUGUUGGAGCUUUGAAUUCCGAAUAAGUUGGAUAUUUAGAUGGUUUUGAGGCCAGCGCUAUCUUGUUUGGAUGUCUGUUUAGGUGUAUUGAUUUGAAAAA